ACGAGACUAGCAAACAAAACAUCCACUGACAAAAUCUUCUGUCGUAUUCUGAUUUUGUGUGGUUUUAUAUAAACCACCAAAUGAGUAAAUGUACUGAACCUGAAUCGGUUCCCACUAUAAUCCUCAGCGAAAAUGCGUUCACUUCACCUAAUCGUCUUCAUCAUUAUUAUCAGUCUUUUGGUUAAAGCUUCGAAAAGCGACGAUGGGUUUUGUUCAGCGCCUUCGCCUUCGAUCGAUGAGAAGACGAAACCCAUUUACUGGAAAGUCACGAAUCCAACACUCUCUCCUUCCCACCUCCAAGACUUGCCGGGGUAUACAAGAAGUGUAUACAAACGAGAUCAUGCGUUGAUAACACCAGAAAGUCAUGUAUACAGCCCUUUACCUGACUGGACAAAUACAUUAGGGGCGUAUUUGAUCACACCUGCAAUGGGUUCUCACUUUGUCAUGUACUUUGCUAAAAUGAAAGGAAUGUCAAGUUCAGGUUUACCUCCAAAGGACAUAGAGCGUCUUGUAUUCGUGGUUGAGGGUGCUGUGACACUUACUAACACAUCCAGUUCUUCACAAAAAUUGACGGUUGAUUCAUAUGCAUACCUACCUCCAAACUUUUAUCAUUCCUUGGACUGUGUCGAGUCUGCAACACUUGUUGUCUUUGAGCGGAGGUAUGAACAUUUAGGAAGUCACACAACAGAGCUUAUCGUUGGCUCCACUGACAAGCAACCACUACUUGAGACUCCCGGUGAGGUUUUUGAGCUGCGGAAACUUCUUCCUGUCUCCCUUGCUUAUGACUUAAACAUCCAUGUAACCACUUUGUUUUUAUUUAAUGAAUCCUUUAGCUUCUUUAGACCUCUUAAGUUUAACUACUGUUGUUUCUGUCAUAUGCAGAUUAUGGAUUUUCAGCCUGGAGAGUUUCUCAAUGUUAAGGAAGUCCAUUAUAACCAACAUGGUUUGUUGCUUCUGGAGGGCCAAGGCAUUUAUCGAUUGGGCGAUAACUGGUAUCCAGUUCAGGCUGGUGAUGUCAUAUGGAUGGCUCCUUUUGUUCUUCAAUGGUAUGCUGCGCUGGGAAAGACUAGGUCUCGGUAUUUGUUGUACAAAGAUGUCAAUCGCAAUCCGUUGUGAUCAAAAUAUCUAAAUUACUUACUUGGUGUGAUUUCGUAAAAGCCUCAUGUUCAUUAAAAAACGUUAGCUACUCGUGUCAUAAGUGUAUGAAGAAAACAAAUUCGAAAUGUCAGUUGCAUCUACUA